AUUCACCUCAGUCCCCACAGCCACGCAUACACUGGCAGAACUGUUGUCUGUGCGUCCGCAGUGGGUAGGACAGUAAACAGCGGCCUGGGAUUUAUAAAACUACUCCAUGAAAGUCUGGAAUCGGACAGUCGAGAGAGAGAGAGGGAAGUCCUGCGAGAACAAGGCGAGACAAAACGACAUUUGAGGCCAUAGUCAUUUUCUUUCUUUGUAGCCAGAGGACAGAGAUGAUGGAGACCAAACUCCACUGGAUUGCCUUUUGCGCGCUUCUGGUCAUCAACUUGGGAACCGCUGAAAAUGAUGGUGCUGCGUCUCCCACUCCAAAAAGCGCUGUCGGUGCUGAACCAGCUCCUGUGGAUCCAGUUGCGAAGCCUGUGCCCGAUUCCAGUCAUAACCUCACCAGUCAAACACUGAACGGCUCUGAUGCAAACCCAAGUCCCACUGGCAACGGCAGUUUGAGCAUCAACAUAAACGAAACCAUCUCCGUGACGCACGAUGACCCUUACAACAGCUCUCACCCGGCGACCUCCGCACCACAAGGCACAACAACUCCUAUGCUUCCUCCUCCUGACGGCCAUUCUACCAUCUCUCACACUUCCCCUUCACCCACCUCCACCAGCACCACACUCACAGCUAUCAAUUCUCUUACCACGGUGCCCUCACCAAAUCACACCACGUCACACCAAACUACAGCUUUGCCUGCUAACUCGCCAAAACAGCCAAGCGAAAAUGCAACAUCCGUGCCUGUGCCGCCCCAAACUACCACUCACACCGUUGCCGGCACCCAGGUCAGCUCAACCGUCGCCACCACCCCCUCUCACGAGAACCCCACUUCUCAGCCGACGACAAACAAUUCGCAAUCUCACGGACAGCCGGGGGCCUCCAGUGAAACCACCCCGACGACCACCCCGACGAGCAGCACCUCCACUCAGGCCAAGACCCACUCCGACAUGCCAUCCCAGCUCAACGUGGAGGGCGACACGACGAUGGUCCACGACUCUCCCGCAUUAGACCCCCUCCUGGCCGGCCUGGUGUCAGCCUUCAUCAUCACUGCUGUCAUCAUCACGCUGCUCCUCUUCCUCAAACUGCGCCGGAGAGACAACCGGCCGGAGUUCCGCAGGCUGCAGGACCUACCCAUGGAUGAUAUGAUGGAAGACACACCCUUGUCCAUGUACAGCUACUGAUAGAAGCAGUGAUGAACUUGUGGCGUCCAAAUCUCCUCUUCCCACCAGGCCGCUGUGGUUGUCCAGCCGGCCUUUCUUCCUUAAUCCUUUACCAAACAGAAAGGACUCUGGGUAGGUGGAAGCACAUUUCUGGAUUGCUUUCAUUUAUCCAGAUUGCUGACAUGUUAGAAAGGACAUUAGUGAAACUGCAGUGGACAAUGAAGACAAUACCCAUGAUGGGUCCCUUUGGAAAAACUGUAUUUUGGUGUCUGUAAUUACAAAUUAGGCCAACGUCUCUGUUCAGGACUGUACACUGCGUAUUGUUUAGCCCAUCUUUUGGGAUUGUAUAAUAUAUUUUGAUUUCCCUAGAGGUGAAAAGGGUAGGAGGCGACUUCUUCCAUCCCUGUGGUGGUUUACACCUCGACCCAGACUGUCAGACCCAUGUAUUGCUAGACUCUUCCGUUUUUUAGACUGGCAGAAAUUAAAGGCCGGUGUUCCGACCGAAAGGCAAGAAAAAAGAAAUUAACCAACAGUCUGAUUAUAGUGUUAACAAGGUUGCACUUUACUUCAGGAGUGGAGGGAAAAAAAAAUGGAAAAAUAUUUUUGUGUAUGAGAAAAAGCAAGUUUUGUGCGUGUACAUAAGCAACAAAGCAGUGUGUGCAGUUGUAGGUGUGUGUGCGCACGUGUGUGAGGGAGAUGCAUGAUGUAUGUUGAGGCGCUGCAGGGAAUAUUCAAUGUUUUCUUUUUGUUCUUUUUCUAUGUUUUUGGUCCUGCUGCCUUUAUGCCAAAAUUUUGAUAUGUUUUCUGUUUCUUUCCCGGCGUCUUGCGUCCAGGAGAGAGUGCCUUACACUUAUAGGAACACCUCUUACUCCAUAAUUUAUUUAUUUUCCACACAAAUUGACAUCCACAUUUCCCAGUUGUUUCCAGUGAUUCGUACGAUGCCCAUUUAAACACACACGCUCAGGGCCACUACGUGCUCUGACUUGCCUGUGUUUGAAGAUUAGCCUAGAGCGUGUUCACAUAGAGCCACUCCUUCAUACAAUGACAGUUGAAGACUGAAGUUGGCCAGUGGCCUUUCCACACAACGUUAGAAUUGUUCUCCUUGUGUUGUAAAUACUACUGAUGAUUGCAUCAUGCAAAAAGGUCUUUAUGAAACUUCCUCUUUAGCUCCUGCUUUAGCACAUUUUUGCUAGAUGCAUACUCAUUUGUCAGUUCAUUAGGUACACGACUGAAAAUAAAUACACUGUAAUAUAUCAGUCAUGCACUAAAUCUCCCUUCGUCACUGUUGUAAUGAUGAGUUUACGUUGAAACGGCUUAUGAAAGGAGCUGAUUCAAUUGUAUGAUUAUUUUGGAGGAUUGAAUUAGCCCACUGACUAAAAUAGGGCUGUCAGAAACAACAGAAACAUGUGUCAAUACAACACAAUACGAUUCAGUAACUGCAAACCACAGCCUCCAAAAUAACCCCUCCAUAAAAUUCCUGACGCUAGAUUUAGUGCAGGGCACCGAAUGCAUUCGUUUUCACUGGCGUACCCAAGGAACUAGCAAAAUGUUACAUGGACUGACCCGCCGACACCUUGACUUCAUUUGGUAAGGUCGCAGAUAUUUCACUUAUUACACUGUGUAUGAGCCUUACUGCAUUUCUGGUCUGCAAAUGCACAGGGAAACAUGAGUGGACACACACAGGACAACAGAAUCACACACACAAAAAAAAAUGUCGCUCCUCUUUAUUUAGACCAAAGUCACCAUACUGACAUGAGGUGGUUCAGAUUUGAGCUAAAACUGCACUCUGUUUAUUUUUUGUUCCACAAACACCUACAAGUUUAAGGAAAAUGCAACAUAGUUGUUGUCUGACGAGCCACUAGAACAUAUUCAGUACACUUCCAGCGCUGAUGCUACACACAGCACCCAUGAGACAAUACACCAUUCCUCCAGAAGUUAUUCCUUUUUUUUGGGUCAAUAAGGUGGCUGUGGUUCAUGUUUCCUGAAAUCUCCCAAAGAUGUUCAAUUGGGAUGUGACCGUGCAAACAAUUAAAUCAUUAAUCGUCCGUUUCUUAAGUGUUAAAAGUAUGCACACAGGCUCUGCUGCCCUGUGUGGAUCAUGGACUGUUGGUGAUUUAUGAUUAAAGGUAUUUUGGAACCAUC